UCGGCCGUGGCCGGGAAAGAACCCGGAUGUGCCUGGGUAGUCGUGUUGGCAGUCGGGGCUUUGAGGUUUGGGCGUUCUGGGGGUACUGGCAGCCGAGGCGGAUGGCGCGGGGUUGGGCCGGCUUCUCUGAGGAGGAGCUGAGGCGACUAAAGCAGGCUAAAGAUCCGUUUGAACCACAGCGGCGUCUUCCUGUGAAGAAAAGUCGACAACAACUUCAGCGAGAAAAAGCCCUUCAAGAGCAAAGCCAAAAACUUGGACUUCAAGAUGGAUCAACCUCAGUACCUCCAGAGCAGCUGCUUUCUGCACCAAAACCAAGCUUUAAUAGUCCAAAACCACAUUCUUCUUUCCCUCUUCCUUCUAGUCCUCUUACACUCACCUCUCCUGUUGGUGAUGGAAAACCACAGGGUAUUGAAAGUCAACCAAGGGAACUGGGACUUGAGAAUUCCCACGAUAGUCACAAAAACGCCGAGAUUCUACCCCUGAAGCCAGAUUGCAAAAUGGAAAAAAAGAAAGUGGAAUUGCAAGAAAAAUCUCGUUGGGAAGUCCUCCAGCAAGAACAACAGCUAAUGGAAGAGAAAAAUAAACGUAAGAAAGCUCUUUUGGCUAAAGCUAUUGCAGAAAGAUCUAAAAGAACUCAAGCAGAGACCUUGAAACUAAAGCGGAUCCAAAAGGAGUUACAGGCUCUAGAUGACAUGGUGUCAGCUGAUAUUGGAAUCCUCAGAAACCGGAUCGAUCAGGCCAGCCUCGAGUAUUCAUAUGCUCGGAAGCGGUUUGACAGGGCUGAAGCAGAGUAUGUUACAGCAAAGCUAGAUCUCCAGCGCAAGACUGAAAUUAAAGAGCAACUCACUGAACACCUCUGUACAAUCAUACAGCAAAAUGAGCUCCGCAAGGCCAAGAAGUUGGAAGAGUUGAUGCAGCAACUGGAUGUACAAGCUGACGAGGAGACUCUGGAGCUUGAGGUGGAGGUGGAGAGAUUGCUGCAUGAACAAGAAGCCGAAGCAGGGAAACAGGUGGUUCAUUUGGAGAGGCCAUUUCAGCCUUCUGGGGAGAGUGUGACAUUAGGAUUUGCCGAAGAGAACAAAAAUCAUCAAGAACACGCCGCUUCCCUAAAGGUAGAUGAACAGUGUGAAAAUCCCAGCAGCAUUCCCCUUCAAAAUCGAGACCAAAAUCAAGAAGUUAGAACUCCUGUAAAGGCCAUUUCAACUGCUCCGACCACAUGAAGUGCCAGUGUUUGUUCACUCAGCUAGUGCGGGAUUCAGUAGAGUACACUUCUGUUGGAGAUUAUGCCAUGAGCUCGGAUAAGUGUGCCUUUAAAACGGUGUUAAUUUUUGAAUCCCUGGUUAGUUUUAGUAUAACAUGUUUGACAUUCUAAACCCUCAAAUUACGAUAAUUUUAUAUGUAGGCACACAGUUUACCUUGAUCCAGGGCCAAUUCCCUCGGUGUACCCUGAUGACUGGGUGAAAACAAACGACCCAAAUAAGAUGGAAGAAAAACUACACAGUAAGAGUGUUGUUGGACAAGGUAAAUAUAGAAAAGUAAAAUGGAAAAUAAUACUCAACACCUCAUCAAACUCAUUUGACUUCUAGGAGAGGUGUUGAUGAGAGUCCUAUUUUAUGUAGUUAGUAGAGAGACACCAAAGUUAACAUGUGAAAAAGAGUCAGCAGGAGGAAAAAAACUAACAAGAGUAGCAUGUUGAAUUGUCUAUUGGAUCUUACUAGAGCUGCAAAACACAACUUGGGAGUUGCAGUUUAAGAAAGACAAACAGCUUCAGUAACGUUAUUUUUGUCUUCAGUUUGCCUUUUAAAUGGCUUUAAUUCACAACCUGAGUUUUGAUUGGUUCAUACACACACACAAAUAUACCACUAAUACGUAUAAUUUUACUAUUAAUGUAUUGUCUUUAAUCAGCACAUUGAUUAAAUUUAGACAAUGAAAACAUUUCUACAUUGAGGCUAAAAAUAAUACAGAAAACCUAUCAGUACUUUUGAUUAUCCAAAAAAAUUGAUACACUUUUUUUCUAAAGUUAUUUGUAAAUAUGUGUUGCUGGAUAUAAAUUAUCCCGUCAUAAAGCAUUUAAAUUGCUAAAAUGGUGAUUUUCUUAGUAUUUUAAUAGUUUGUUAAUUAUUAUCACUAAUACUUGACCCACUUUCUGCUAUAUGUGAAUGUGUAAAUAAAUACUGUUGGUUUGUCACAGAAUCUGUGAAUUUCACAUUAAAUUGUGAUCUAUUUAUCAGAAAUUCCAAAAAGUACUACAUUUUAAGUCUUAAAAAAAGAACUAUCAUAAAAGAGAAUAAGGACAAAUGUAAUAUUGUAUUUAUAAUAAUGCUGAAAAAGUAAGGGCCAUCCUAUUUUUAAAUGAGUUUGUUUGAGUAUUCUAGCAGUGUGGAUGAGCUGUGUAUUUUUAUAUUAUGUAAUUUGAGUUAAAAUUAUAGCUUUCCAUUACUGACUUACCUAAACAGAGGCAUUUGUAUAGAUAGUUGUGUUUUUAUUUAUGAAUGAUAUUCAUAAAAACUGAAAGCAUCAUUGUCCAAUACACUUAUUUUUCUAAGGAAUAAACGAGUCUGAUACAUCUAUAA